UAAGAACUUUAUUCAUAGGAGUAGUGAUACUUCGAUAACCACUAGGUUUUUCUAGAAAAAAGAAAAGAAAAAAAAGAAAAAGGGGAAAAAAGGGAUAUACUCAAAAAUAAUAAUCUUUCGAUUUUAAAAGUAAAAUUCAGAAAUUAGAUUGCAAAAUUAAAUUUAAGAACUCUUUUUCGUGAAGCGAAUUUCUUUUUCCUUUCUGAUGCACACCAUCUAUAGGAAACGAACACAAUCCAAACAGACCCUGAGGCAUAUUAUUAGUGUGAAAAUUUUAUUAGUUAGUCUGUAGAGAGAAAAGAAAAGGAAAAGAGUGGAGUAAGAAAACGUGGCCCAUCCUUCGAACAAUUCUCAAAGUUGGUAAGUAAUGGAUCAUAUAUUUGGUUGAAUCAAAACACAAAACCUGCUGUCCGAUUCACUCCUAUUCCUCUGUUAUUAGGUUUUUGUUUCUAUCCUUUUCCUCCUCCUUUCGAAUCCCUAAUUUCAAUCUGUGUAAUUCAUUCUUUCAAUGUCGAUAAUUCGAAAGAAGAAGAGAUUGCCAGACAAAUCACAACAAAAACAAAUCUGUAUAUCAAAGUUUUGUCAACAACCAAGAAGUCGUCGUGGUUCUAAACCUAGAACUGAUUUCUCUCUUUUCAUAUCCUCUGCUGCUUCUUCAUCAUCAUCUUCAUCCUCUUCAAUGCUGCAUCAUCUUCAUCCAGGUGCAACUUCAGAGUGCUCAAGAUACGGAAAUGGUCAAUCUCAGGUUGCAACGUCUAACUUGGGACAAAAUUGUCAAGCAGUUUUCUGUAGACGUAAAAAGGAAAUGCCUAGUUUCCCUCUUGUUCAAUGCAGUGUGAUCGAGUUCGUAGGAGAGGAAAAAAAUCCCUCUGAUUCAAUCAGCAAACAAAUUCCUCAAACGGAGUCGGUCGCACAGGAUAUGAUUCUGGAAAACUUUGAUGAUGGAGAUCUCCAGGGAAGUGUUACUGCCGGUGAGCUGGCUUCAAGGCCCAAUAGGUUGACUUGCACUAGCACUGAUGUUGGGAUGGCUGCAGGUAGCAUUGUAUGGGCUAAAACUGCUUAUGAGAUGUGGUGGCCUGCAAAGGUUAUGGAAGGAAAAACAACUGCUGGUGUUUCAAGUGAUCAAGGGAUCGAUGGACUUGUUCAAGUACAAUAUUUUGGGAACCACGAAAUCGCUUGGCUAACUCCAGACAGAAGCAUUUCCCUAUUUGAUGAAUGCUUUAAAGAAAGGAGUUCUAAUCCUCUGGAAGCCUUUCAAGAUGCUUUUAAACAGGCCCUGUAUUGCAAAGAGCAGUUAAGCUCUUGCAGGGAGAGGGAUGGAGUUAGGAACUCAAGUCAAGAGCAGCCUUCUGCAACAAGUUUGCACGGAAUUUCAUUUUCAUCCAGAAGUAGAAGCUUUAUGCAAGUUAAAGUUGCACCAUUAGAUAAGUGCAUAGAGCCUAGUUCAAGCAGAACAGAGGAUUCACUCGAGAAAAGGAGGGGUAAAAGAAAACGAAAACCAAAAGUUCUUUUCGAGAAUGUGACUUUUCAAACCAAAUCAGUAAAGAAAGUGAGACGAUUUAGAAUAAUGCGGUCCCUUGGUCUCACAGCUCCAAUUGGAUCUCCCUUUUCUCCCACUUACCAGUGGUAAAUAUUAGAUAAUGAUGUAGAGUCUUAUAUUUCUCCCAUUUUAUGUAUUUGUCUUAGCCUAUUUGAAUUGUCAUAGUUCAAUUCAUUCUUGUGAGGAAUCCCGUAUUAUUUUUUUUUUCCUCUCUCUCGCUUCCCUUUUAGUUUUUGAAGAAAUUUGAUCAUGUUAACAUUAAGCCUUACUCGGCAAGUAUCUGCUCUUCUUGAUCGUCUGCGUACACGCACAUAACACGUAGCAGAUCCGCAUACUAAUGUAUAUAUUUUGGUCUUACCCAGAAAAUAAAAGAAAUUUACUAAUGCA